ACAACCAAUAACGCAAAGGGUUUAUCUACAACAAAUUCGACACACAAAUAACUAUCAAAAGCAAUAUUGCCAUUUUCCAUUUCGCAUCUUUCAUCCUUCUUCUCCUUGACUAAGAGCUUCAUUAAUGGCGAUACCAGUCGUCGACACUGAAUAUCUCAAGGAAAUCGAUAAAGCUCGUCGCGAUCUUCGUGCUCUCAUCUCUAGUCGCAAUUGCGCUCCACUCAUGCUGCGUCUCGCAUGGCAUGACGCCGGAACGUAUUGUGCGAAGACGAAGACUGGUGGCCCUAACGGUUCAAUCAGGAAUGAAGAAGAGUGCGCUCAUGGUGCUAAUAACGGUCUGAAGAAAGCUAUCGAUUGGUGUGAGGAGGUGAAAUCCAAACACCCAAAGAUUACAUAUGCAGACGUCUAUCAGCUUGCUGGGGUUGUUGCAGUUGAGGUCACCGGUGGACCUACUGUUGAAUUUGUUCCUGGAAGAAAGGAUUCUAAUGUGUGUCCCAAGGAAGGGAGGCUUCCAGAUGCGAAACAAGGUGCACUACAUCUGAGGGACAUAUUCUACAGGAUGGGGCUGACUGACAAAGACAUUGUGGCCCUGUCGGGGGGUCAUACCCUGGGAAGGGCACAUCCAGAGAGAUCAGGCUUUGAUGGCCCAUGGACCCACGAACCGCUCAAGUUUGAUAACUCCUAUUUUGUGGAAUUGUUGAAAGGAGAAUCUGAGGGACUGUUGCAACUUCCUACUGAUAGAACCUUGGUGGAGGAUCCUGCUUUUCGACCUUUUGUUGAUUUGUAUGCUAAGGAUGAGUAUGCGUUCUUCCGGGACUAUGCAGCCUCACACAAGAAGCUUUCGGAACUAGGAUUUACCCCAAGCAGUGCCAAAUCAAUUUGCAAGGACACCACUAUAUUGGCUCAGAGUGCGGUUGGAGUAGCCGUUGCAGCAGCAGUGGUCGUCCUGAGCUACAUCUAUGAAGUUCGCAAACGUAUCAACUAAAGAGAUCACACAAGUAAAACAUCAUUCAUAUCCUAUUUAGUACUGUCUGUAUGAAAUAGUAACAUCAUAUUUACAAAGUUCAUUCGUCAUACUUCUUACAUCUUAGUAUAUAUUCAUACUUGCUAAGACCUGACCCAUCUUAAAUGGUUGUAUGAAGUUGCUAAAAAAAAGAGGUUAAAUGAUGUGAAAAGUAUAAUAAGUUUGCUUUGGGGUUGUCCUUAGA